UAGUUUCGUCUAAAAGCAUUAUUGGUAAGAUGCUGCCAACGUGUGUGUCGUGUCAUGCCAAAUCCAACGGCAUGAUAGCCAUCUACCGCCAUCCGAAUGGCCUGGACGAUAUGUUUCUUUCCGUAACGGGGAUCGAGGUCGAACCAAACGAUUACCUAUGUGUUCCGUGUUACGACGAGCUGAAGUCUGCGCAUCGAUUUAAACAGCGCAGCAUACAAAACAACGUAAUACGCUUGUCCGGUCAAUCGCAGCUGGAGGUCACGAAUACCACACCGGACAAAGAGUGUGAGCCAAACAGUACAAACUGCAAAUCAGAGGCUGAACUGCAAAUCAGUAGUCCACCUUUGGUGCCGUUAUAUGAAUCUGUCGCCCAAGAGGAUGAGGAACAGGAGGAACGAUUGGCUGUCGAGGAGUUUUUGUUGGACGACAACGAGCAGAAAGAUGAAGAAGUGGAGCAGCAUCAUGACGAGAGUGAAAAAGAACCAACCGAACACUACGAGGAGGACGAUGUGGUAAAACAAUCGGAAGACACGACGCACGCCGAGCACGACCAAGCGCAUUCACUCGACGAUGCAUCACCCACAUCAUUCCCGAGGCUCCCGAAAGUGCACAAUCUAAUGUGCGAAUACUGCUUCAAGGAGUUUAAGCAGCUAUCGGAAAAGAUCGAACACUCCGUUGCCCACCAGACGGAGAACAAGCCGUACCAAUGUUUCUACAAUGGAUGUAGUGGCUCGUUCAAGGAUCGCGUUGGCUUGCGGGCACACGUUCGGAUACACGCGUCCUUCAAACGAUUCGGUUGCCGCUACUGUUCGAAACGCUUUCACACGUGCGGCAAUCGCAACGCGCACGAACGGACACACACAGGAGAGAAGCCCUUCGUCUGUACCAAGUGUGGCGCAGGGUUCGCCGAGUCCGGGAACCUCAAAAACCAUAUGCGUCUCCAUACCGGCAAAAAACCGUAUUUGUGCAAGAUCUGUGACAAAUCGUAUCGAACGCACUACUCACACACGGUUCAUAUGCGAUCACACACGAACGACCGGCCGUUUGUUUGUGACGCUUGUGGCAAGGGCUUUUACUCGUCCGGAAAGCUCACCAUCCACCUGCGGACGCAUACCCGUGAGCGGCCGUACGAGUGUAUCUCAUGCGAUGCCCGGUUUGCCGAUCGGUGCGGCCUCCGCAGGCAUCACAUGAGCAAGCACGCCGCAUAAACUGGGUAGUCGUUGCGCUAGUAUUAUUUAUUGAAACAUACAUCCUUUCUUUACA